AUGGCAAACAAUAAUGCGCCGAACCAUCAAUGUAGGAAUGGCGUUUCUGGCCAUAUAAAUUCUGAAAGCGUUGGUGGAAUGCACAACGUUGGUGACGGUGCCACAGCUGCAGUGAGCAACUUAAACGACGUCUGUAAUUUCUUGCAGCCAGCUAACCUAAACUCUGCCUUCAACUUGUCGCCAGGAGUUUGUCGAUAUGACCACCUUGUGGAAAUGAUACGCGGUCUUGAUCUGCAAGAUGAUGGAAUUAGGAUGAAUCAUAAGAUGAAGGCGAUCCGCUCGGACUUUUGUGUGCUAGUCCACGACGAAAACAUGUUGUGUGAAUGCAUGGACUAUAUUAAUGACAAAGCUUUAGCCGACGGCGAAAUGGCUUUAAAAUUUGCCAUGCUAUUUUCGUCGCAUAACUUUGACCAGCUAGCUAUGAAGGAUGUGAAAAUACGAAGUGCCAUGUUAAAGGUGCUCGAAGCGAAUUAUCUUAAUGCUGACACGUACCGCGUUCACGAUAAAGAACGCCUUUACAAUUCGAUUACAUUAUUGGGCGAAUAUUACAAUCGUGUACGCUUAGCAGAUCAGUCGCCGAUUACUAUAUUAGGCGAGUCAUUGUUGAGUUUGCUGAUUCGUGAAGUUAGUGGACUAGAGCCAAUAAAUGUAAAAUUAUCCAAAUUAAUCCUAUCACAAAUCACUCUAAAUGGAGAUAUUAUACGAGUAAGACAUAAAAACGAAUUAACACAAUUGCUCUACCACAUAAGGCGUAACUUGAUUGAACAACCAACGUUAAGUGCCACUGUAAAGGCACUACUGUUAAUGACGCUCGAUCUCUACUACAGUAACUUUACAAAUUUGGGUACGCAGCUAGAACAGAUGUAUACAAAAUAUCUGGUACAAGAUGUUGAAGAUGAGGGUAACAAUAAUAUUAAUAUCUGCGGGCAGUCCCAAUCACAAGCACUGCAACUAACAUCACAACAGCAAUUUACACUAAAGAAACCGCAGGAACAACUACAGAUGUCCAAAACAACAGUCGCUUCGUCAGAAGUUACUGAAAACACAGUUUACCAAAACGGUGAAAAUGAAAAUGUUUCAGAUGAUUUGCAAGAACCACAACAGUCAACCAAAAAAUGGAGUGAACAAGUAUGUGAAGAUUCAUUGUAUGAAAGUGAAUUUAGUAAUGAUUUUACCAGUCACGAUCACGACUGGAAAAAUGGGAGCGACGGUGCUCGAGGAGUUGACGCAGUAAUGUCUUGUCGAAUUAAUACAGAAAGGGAGAAAUCAAAUAUUUCUGGCAGUAGUAAACACCACAAUGAUGAGAGCUCGAACCGAAAUGCUAGACGGGCACAAAAACCACGCAACUCACCGAGACCGCUUAAACAUCAACAACAAGAGAGUAGUGAAAGGGAUAGCACGCAUGAUAAUCACCAGUUCCAAAAUAAUGAUGAACAGGAUGAGACAAAACCGCUCCCUCGCUGGCGGGCUCCACGUUUUAAUCGCGAAAACGAACAACAAAUUAAUGAAGGCUUGCCAUAUAAUCAACAUCGCCGAUUUAGUGCCAGUUUCGAUGAUGAUCAGAGCGUGCGCAGUGACGGUGGUAGUAUUCGAUUAUACAGUAUAAACGAUCGUUUACGACAUUCACAAGAAAAAUUGGAACGUAGUGGCUGUAAUUUCAACUCUAUUGCCAAUUCAAAUUGGGAUAGACAGUCGCAGCAUGGUGACGAUCGUAGCGAACGCUCCUACAUCAGCAACUAUGAACGUGGUAAUAAUUAUCGCCGAGGUAAUCGUCACUUUAAUAACCGUAAUAAUUAUGAUAAACCACCCCGUUUCCAAAAGCAACAACAGAAGGAUAGCAACAUACAUAGUAACUCGUGGCGUCAGUCACGUAAUAAUUUAAUAAAUAAUUCAUAUCAAGACGAAAAUUCUUUCCGUUCGAAUGGACCCGAUUCCAAUAGUCGCAGCUCGUCUCGGGCACGUACCCUUCCACGACCCGGCAAAUCACGACACUUUGAAGACGUCGAUAAUGAUGCUAAUGAUGGUACUUUAAACUAUCGUCGCAGUAAAAGCCCUGCUACACAUAGGCAACAGCAACAGCAACAGCGUUCGCGGAAUUUCAAUGGACGAUAUAGUAGCCAGAGCAGUCUGGCCAGUGAAGCAUCGGGGGCUUUUAAUCGACGUCAACGCAAUCAAAAACUCGCACAACAGUCACAAGAACGACAAGACCGUUGGGAGGAUACCCACAGUGUGCAUGGCCAGCAAAAGGAUAAUUUAUGGGACUCAAAAAAUGAGAAUAGCGAGCUAGUGCGCAAUGCUCGUCAAACUGCGAAGUAUAUGAACUAUUUGUCUUCGAAGAAAUGAGAUGAGUCCAUUUCGCUAAUCGUAACGGAGAAAUGCACCAUGGUGGCAUUUGGUGCGUAGCAAGUGAAAUAAAAGUAAUCGAAGUGCACUAAGCAACCAGAGUAACUACGACUAAUAUAUUAGAGCAAAAAUGUUCGGUCCCCCGGAUAAUUAUUUCCCGUAUAUCAUUGCAAUCUUCGUUUGGAGUUUACUUAUAAAUUCAUAUAAAUUUUUAUUCCUUCUUAACUUAGACCAAUGUACCAUAAGUACGCGUUCCAUUGCCGAUUUUAAUUUUUUUUUUUUUUUGCUUAUAAAUGUACCCAUUUGCUUUUAUACAAAUACAAAUUGUAAAAGGCGGAAAUUCAGUUACUACCUGAAUAGUAAAAUUGGAAAGUGUUUUGAUAAUUCGAUGUUAUUAUGCUAAAGAUGGAGUAGCAACAUUUAAGGUAUAAUUUUUUACAAAUGUCUACAAGGCUCUUAUAUAAUUGUAUUUGUGAAAAAUUUACUUAAUUUGGUCUUAUUCACAUUUAUUAAUUUGUCUCGAAAAAAAAACAGAAAUGUUUCUAAUAAUAUAUUUAGGAGCACGUAAACUACUUUACAGAAUAGUUUAUACAAUUGGUUUAACCACAUUUUGAAAUUAUACCUAAAUCAUAGCACAAAUUUUAUAAUUUGGAAUUCGCGUAAGGCACGGCGGUCUUUUAUGUCUUUUAUGCUCUGGCAUACGAAAACAUUAGUAAAAAUAAAAAUUAUUUACUAUAUUACUAUAUAGAGAUAUGGAGUAUUGAAAAAACUCAAGCAUUAAGAAGUUUGUAAUUACUUCUCAUACAAAAUAUUUUUUUAAGUCCUACCCUAGUUAAAGUGAAAUUCUUUUUUUUUUAUCAACAUGGAUUAGCAUCUCUUGUUUUCUUUUUAACAAAUGAACGAACAACAUUUUAACAUAAUAUUGUCAUCACGUCCUGUGAAAAUAAAUGUACUUUCGAUAUGUCAAUCAUUUUUAACAAGGCAUUUUAGUACCACUCCGCGUUAUAUGUUGCCAUUAACAUUGCAUUAAAUUUAGGAUUAAUUAAUUAUAUGGUCACACCAAGCAUUCGUAAUAAAAAAGAAGAAUAAAUAAUAAAUUAACUUAUAAUAAACCUUAAGCAAGUAAAGAAAAUACAGGAUAAUCUGUUGCAUUGACAAAGCAAAUCUUAAUGUAUAUAAAGUAUCCUGUUACCAUAUAUCAUCAACAAUAUUGCAUAUUAAAAAUUGCAUAAUUUGGAAAGAAAGAUUUUAAUUAUAACUUAUUAUAAAAACAGGAAAACAUGAAAACAAAGUUGGAUAUUAAAGCAUUGUGUAUGCGUAUUGCAGAAAAUGAUAUAAUUGUAUAUUAUGAAUGAAUGAAAAGUAAACGGAAAACUGUAUAAUUCAAUAUUUAGUUUUUAAUAAGUCAUCAGUUAAGAAUGUAUUUACAAUUGCAUGCUGUGUGGUUUUGUUUCUAGAACAGGUAACAAAUAUUAAACAAUUAGUUCAUAAGCAAAUAGUUAUUAAACAUCCAUACAUAUAUAAAAAAUUAGAUAGAUGAGAAACAAUAAAAUCGAAGUUUUGUUAAG